CCCAAUAAAGACAAACUUUUGAACGGUUAAGUUUAUUAGCACUGUUCCCAAAAAAGAAAAACGGAGUUAGAGCAACAAUUUCAUUUGUUUUCAAUAAAUUUUUUGUUUUUGGACUUGGAUAAACUGAAAAAUUAUUAAACGGAGAAGUUGAAAUAAAAAGAGAAUUACCACUAAAAUUAAGAUUUAUUUUUACAAAGUUUUCAAAACACAAAAUCAUAUGAAAAUAGUGAAGAAGAACUAAUUCACGAGCAAAGAAAAAAGUUAGGCAACGCAAAACUGAAAAAUCGAUUAUAAGGGGGCAGAUAAGAGGAACUCAUUCGUAUAUUAGCGAAAACUCGGUUGGAGGAGACCAGAGUCGUGUUUCGUGCAUCAUUUAAUAUAAUAACAGGCAGGCUUCGGCGGAAAAGCAAAAAAAAAGUAGCAAUAUAGAGAAUAAAUAAAAUUAGAAAAAAAUGGCUGACGUUGAAUCAAGUGCUGUUGUCCAACAACCGUCUUCGGCCGCCAAUAGCAUGAGCUUAAAUUCUAUCCCACUAUUGGCGUCCGGGGAGCUACUCGGCGAAAACAGCAGUGCCCAAGUAAGUCUCCAACAACAACAAUCACAACCCGUUGUUGGCACAGUUGGUGGAGGUAAUGGAGGCAGCGCAGGCACAUCCUCGAGUUCAGUCACCAAUUCGGGAUCUAUGGUAAUAGAUAGUGCAGCUAGUGAAAAUACAAGUUUGGUUAAUAGUGGAGUGAUUGGUAGUGGUGUAGUGGGUGGUAGUAAUUCGGCGAGUAUUGGUGGGGGUAAAAUGGACACCGGGGAGCCACCAGCUAAGAAGCAAAUGCUCGAUCAUCCGAGUACAUCUGCGGGGAGUGGUAAUAGUUCAUCGCAACACGAAAAGCUCGAGUUCCGUCUGGGAGGGAUUUUAUGUUGUGCUGUUUGCUUGGAUUUGCCGAAGACAGCCAUGUAUCAGUGUCAAAUGGGCCAUUUAAUGUGUGCCGCUUGUUUUACACAUUUACUCGCAGACGGACGUUUACGUGAUCAAAUUGCAACUUGUCCAAAUUGCCGCGUUGAAAUUUCAAAGAGCACUGCAUCACGUAAUUUAGCUGUGGAGAAAGCCGCAUCCGAGUUGCCCAGCGAAUGCCAAUACUGCAAUAAAGAGUUUCCUUAUAAGUCGCUAGAUCGGCAUGAACAAUACGAAUGCCAAGAACGGCCUACAAACUGCAAAUAUUCACGAAUUGGCUGCCAAUGGCGUGGACCGAACCAUGAAACAAAUGAGCAUGAACGCAACUGCUUGCAUCCCACAAAAUCUGGUUAUGAGGUAAUGGCUGCACUGGAAGCCCAUGAUGCCAAUAUUAAAGAGGAAAAGAAAGUGUUCAAUACAUUAAUAGAUUUAUUGAGUUAUGAAAAGAUUAUAUUUAACGAUCUCCAAAUGAAGCCCUAUCGUACCGAUGAAUAUGUACACAAAUUGUUCUAUGAGACAGCCAGAUUUACGGCAUUCAGUCAGCAGUGGGUGGUAAAGUCACGGAUUAACAAUAGUCAACGUGAUCCGCACCAAUCCAAUGAACGUACUAUAACUUAUCAGCUAAUUUUGAAAACAAAAACGAGCACACCCAUGAGCAUUCACUUCUUUGCUUUGAAAGGGCCCUUCUCAGACAUGAAGGUAGCUACACAAAUCUACAAACACGAAUUUACAGACCAAAGCAGCGAAAGUGAUUACUAUGUACUGCCUCUGCCGGAUAGCUCCGAGUGCAAUAGGCUCUUAUCGAACAAAGGAAUAAAUUUCCGCCUGUUGAUGUUUUUGCUUAAUAAAUAAACAAAUGUUCACUGACUUAUUUAUAUUCGCAAGAAAAUGAUAUAUAUAUAUAUAUAUAUAUACAUAUUUCAAAUCAAAAUUAUUUUGUAGUUUAAGCCAUAUUUUACGUAUACAUACAUAUAUAAGUCGUUUAUAAUGCUUAAAGUUAAAUUCACUAUGUACGUAUUGAUGUGAAGAGGGUAGGAUAAAUUGGCGGCGUUCUUUUCAAUUGACGUUAACCCGUUAGGCGUUGAUUUUUAUACUUCAUACACACGUAUUUUGAGUAUAUUUAUAGUGACAAAUUGCGCACUAAAUUUAUACAUAUUUUAAGUGAAAGUAAGGCUUUCAGCCAACAUUCAUAGAGUCAAAAAUAUAUACAGUUGUGUUCACGAUUUUAGCAAUCCAUGCGAAGACAACAUUCUGUAUAGUUUUCUGAUUACUUACAUUUUUAUAUAAUUAUAGUUUUCCAAGUGGUUUACUAAGUAGGGACUAUGUACCACUAUAAUAGGUAUCUCAUAUAUUCUUGCUUUCGUCAUAAAACUGAUUUACAUGCAAGCAGCACCAGUACCCUUCUUAGUGAAUAAAUUUCCAAGAAAAAUGUUAGAUAUCAUUUGGUAUGCUAAGAAGGAAAUCUAUAGAGAGAAUGUUGUCAUCUAACAGAGUGCUGAAUUCGUGACAACCUCUAUAUAAGUAAAAAAAAUGCUCAUAUAGGAACAAAUGGGCAAAAAAUUGGUAAAAAAAUAUAAAUUAUGCCACCAAAUCCGGCUAAAAACAUCCAAAUUACAAAACUAUAAUUUUUAUUUAGCGUCAACUCAUCAAUAAUACGCUGCCAUGAAUAAAUAUGACUUAACAAGCAACGUGAAAUGGUAAUUGAGUUCUGAAGUUUUAAUUUCGUUAAAAAGAUCUUACAUAUUUUAAAAGUUUUUCAAAACACAAAAAAUUUAAUAUAAUAUACUAUACUAUAAUUUUGUGAAAAAUAAAUUCAUAUUUAUGGAAGCUUAGGUUAUACAAUUACAACAUAGACAUAUACACAAUCCAAUAUUUGGUUCAAUUAUCAAAAUAAUUGAGGGUAGAAUUUCAUGUGUAAGGAUCUCAAUCAUUGCAAUAAAACAGAAACAAAUAAUAACAUCAGCGAAUAGGAAAUAACAAAAAAAAUAAUAUAAUUGCAAAUAUUUAAUCUUCUACUAAAAUUAAUACCUAACACAAUAAUAUCGAUGUACCAAAUAAACAUUCUUUCAUAUAUACAUACAUUACAUACAUUGUCAUAGUAGUGAAUACAGAUAUUCAAUUUCGUUUCGGAUAACACAUUCAUAAUAAAAACAUAGACCAAUGUACUGUAGAUUGUACACUGCAGCGCUUAUAUGUAUUAAUAUUAAUAAAUAAAUGUAUUACAUACAAAUUUACUUUGUAAUGCUUCUAUUAAAACAAUAAGAAUACCCGUGUCGAAAUGUCACGUCACUGUAAGAGCCAACACCACUUGAUAAGUUGUAUAAUGACAAAUGGCAAGUUGCCUACUAUUAAAAUAUUAGUAGUCAUAUACAAUUUUUGUUCCAACACUUAAACACAAUAAAUAACUGAGCAAUAGUCAAAUUUUUGAUGCGGCUCUAAUAAAUUCAGUUUGAUAACCUGACUGUAGUUUGUGGUCACUUAAUUUAGUUUGCGUACUUUAGUUCAAAAACGCUUUGUUUACAUUGUGAAGACAAGUUUUUCAAUGCGAAUUCUGCUAAAAAGCGAUUGGGCGUUAUAUCCUGCAAUUUUGGAUAUUCAAAUUUAGUUUAAUUAGCAAACAGAUAUAAUCUUGUAGGAAAAAGUGGCCCGAGCUAAACAUUAAGUUAUGUCCGCAGCAUAAUUUUUGGCUGUAUAUGCUUUGUAUUUAUAUUUAUUUAUUUUUUUUUAAUUUACAUAAAAACAUAUAGUAUGUAAUACUAUUUCAUAAAUGUUUAUAUUCCCAGUGGAAAUGAGGUCGUGCAUUGCAAUAUAUGGAUGGGAUUUUUUCAAAGCGUUGGAUCUCUUCGAAAAUGCAUUCAGAUUUGCAGUGUGCGCACAACUGGCAAAGCUGCAGAUUUGAUGUGUGAUGCAGUAAGAAAAAAGGCAUAUGCAAAAUUAAAGAGAAAACGCUUUAUUUAAAAAUAUACAAACAAAGAAAAUUUUCUAAAAAUAAACAAUUUUUUGGAACAGUAAAAUCAUAUCCCAAUAAUAAAUAGUGUGUACGCCGCAAUAAAUAAUUACAGAAAUAUUACGGUUGGUCGUUGAUAUUGGACCGAUUAGCUGCAAAAAUUUUGCAGACGUUAAACUUAAUUUUCCACUAAAAACAAGAAAUAAGCAAUAUUAAACUUCACAGUAGUAUUAUGUCUAAUCCGCAGUGAGACAUUUUAUACUGCGCUUGAAAAACUAGUGAUGAGUAUCAGAUUGUCAAUAUUUUACUGACAGAAUACGCGACAUUGUUGCAGAAAUUUUGUGACAGAACGAUACCAUCUCAUCAAAAUAGCACUGCUGCAAUUAUUACAGUAUGGAUGUGUAAUACUUUGUUAUCAUUUUAUAAUGAAGUUCAUUAAAUGAACCGAUCAAUUGUAAGUUUUGACAUAUAUUUUUACGAAAUACUAUACGAGUAUGCAGCUUUUAACGAAAGUUUCUAUUGCAGGCUUUAAAAAGCCUUUUAGACCCAUUUUACGUUUUUUUGUAAUUUUAUAUAUCAAUAACAGGUUUAAAAACCCUCUGUGCAAAAUUUCAAUAAAUUUUCAUAUAUCUUCUGCUCAAAUAUGAACGAGACGGUAUCAAUAAAACGGUCCGCGGAUGACAUAUGGCAAAAAUAAAUUUUUUGUUUUUUGGUAGGACUGUUAUAAGCUUACAUGGCAAAUUUCAGCGUGAUAUGUUACAUAGUUUGUUUUCUGUGCUACUGUAAACAAGUCUAGCUCGAGUGUGUUCUUCGAAUUUAACGAUGGAAAUUCAAAGAAUUUGUUUGAAAUUUUGUUAUUCCAACAAAAUUUCGGCUUCAGACGCCUUACAAAUGUUGCAGACAACCUAUGGGGACUCUGCUCUAUCGCGUUCACGUGUUUUCCAGUGGUACAAAUCGUUCAAAGAGGGUCGUACAUCGGUUGAAAACUUGCCUCAUGAACGUCGUCCAGCAACAUCAGUAAACGACGAAAACAUCGGAAAAGUAAAGGAAAUUAUGCUUGAAAAUCGCAAAAUCGGUUAACGCUGAAUAUUAUUUAGACGUUUUAAAGCGUUUGCGCGAGAACAUUCGUCUUAAAAGGAAGGAAUUGUGGGACAACAAGUCAUGGUUCUUGCAUCACGAUAAUGCACCAGCUCACACAUCACGUCUUGUUCGCGAUUAUUUGAACAAAAAUAAUAUUAAUAUCGUUCCGCAAGCACCGUAUUCGCCUGAUAUGGCUCCAUGUGACUUUUUCCUGUUUCCCAAGCUCAAGUUGCCGCUCCGUGGAAAACAUUUUGAGACAAUUGAAGUCAUAAAAGAGAAUUCGAAGAACACACUCGAGCUUGACUUGUUUACAGUAGCGCAGAAAACAAACUAUGUGACAUAUCACGCUGAAAUUUGCCAUGUAAGCUUAUAACAGUCCUACCAAAAAACAAAAAAUUUAUUAUUGUCAUAUGUCAUCCGCGGACCGUUUUAUUGAUACCGUCUCGUUCAUAUUUGAGCAGAAGGUAUUUGUUUAUUAUUUUCAAUUCCUCUACAAUUUUACUCCAUAAUACAAUCUUUCUUCCGUCCGGCAGGGAACUCUUUCUCCACAUUGAGUCUCACUCUAAUGAGAACCUUCACCUAAUUCGUAGAUAGGGUUUCAUUAAAAAACCUUAUAAUAUA